CCAAUUUGGAAAUUUUCUAAUUCGAGAAUUUUACAGAGUCCGGAAUUUUGUUUUUCGUGAUUUUUCUGUCCUCCAAAGAAGGUAAAUAUAUGCCAAAAUAGUUGAAUUUUAACCUUAUAGAAAGACCCUGAUUUUUGGAAGACUUUUUUCUAAAUAAAAAAAAAGUCAUAAUUUUACCUGACCUACAAAAUUCCUCAACUCUUCUCUCAUCUCCAAGUUUUCCCUGAUCCAUGGCCACCCUGGUUCUUUAAAAAAAGGCCUAGCAAAUUCUUUCAGUAAAAUUGUUUCCAAAUAAAAGUUCUAAACAUUUUUAUUACUGUUUCAGUUAUUUCUGCUUUUUAGUUUGUUAAUGAGGCUUCCUUUCUGAACUUUUGCACACCUUUGAAGCAAAUGAUGACCCCAGUCAUUUCCUCCAGAUCCUCAGGAAUCAAGUUUAUUAUCAGGAUCAGUAUACAGACCGUCGAUAGGGAGUGACCAAUUAAAGCCUUUCUUUUCACCCAGAUAAAGAGACAGAUAUUUAUCGUCACAUUCGCGGAAAUAACGAUACUGCAUUCUCUUUCAUAGUCGAAAGACAAUCGUGUCGGUGAGGAUGUAUCCAAGAUGCUGAUCUCCCGUGCCUAAUCGGAUCCACAAUUGGGUCCUCUAAAUCCUUUAGUGCUGCAUCCGUGAGCUGCGGAGGUGAUGUAAAGGCAAUGUCGGGAAAGCUAGUCAAGCUCCUCACCACAAAAAUGGGGAAUGCUAAGUCCAAGUCGAAAAACAAGGGCCGUUCUAAACACAAUAAGCAUAGUCAACACUCAAGAUCGGAGAUACAAACUGAUGGCACAUCGGCUGAAAAAAGCUACGGCAAGGAGGAAAACCCUGAAAUCAAAAGACUCAGGAACAUCAUAAAAAACUACCCGGAAGUCUUCAUUCUCAACAACCUUAUGAUGUGUAUCGAGUUUUUCAAAAACUAUGAUGAAGAAAUGUGUCAAAUGCGGGAAACUUUGGUGUCACCACGUGAAACAAUUUUGAACAAUCGGUUGCUCCCUCAGAAACGAGUUUUACUACCAGACGUUCUCCAGGAGCGAAUCGCUCGCAAUGUUACAUUUAUAUCGAGAAGGGAAACAGUUGAUCCCACUAUGGAACCUCUUCAGCCAGUUCGAAUGUUCGUAGUUUACGAAAAUAUUGAGGUUUCAGAUCAACAUGAUUCUUCUCAAUAUAGCAGUAUGCAUGAUACAGUCACUUACAAUAUACGUCUCAGGCCCAGCAAACACAAGGGUUAUGUUCAACUGGAACGGAUGGGAAUCACACCCUCGAAAAGGAAUCCUAGCACAGAAGACGAGGUGGACUUAGCCUCGAUAGCAGAAGAUGGAGGUGCAUUUCCCAGUGCUCGGGAGAGUCUCUACAACCCAUCACAAAGACCCACUUCUCUACAGAGUCGAGCUUUAUCUAUUUCUACUCUAGCUUCCUCAUUAUCUGUUGAUUCAUCCUCAGGGCCUUCAUAUCCUCUAAGUCUGGUUGCAUCAACAUCUCUAGUUUUCUCAAAAUCCAGCAGUUCCAUGCCUGAUCUACGUUAUGGUGAAACCCCUGCAACAAGCAUCUACAAUGGUAGACUUCAAGCUCAAAGGAACAAAUUGGACUCAUCGACUGAUGAAAAAGGUGAUACCGAUUAUGGCUCUUUGAGCGAGUCCAGGUUUCAAAGUGAAAGCACAGUCUCGAAGCGAGCUCCGGGAAAUUACAGACGCGGUAUCUCGAGAAAUAGGCAGUAUUCCAGAAUAAAAAGACGCUCAGCAAGUGAUAGUCCCGCUAGCAGCACAAGUUCUGGAUAUAAAUCUGGGAAUUAUGACAGCGACAGCGACUAUGGUUACUCAGCUUUAAAAAGCUACAGCAAACAAUCACUGGAUCCCUCAGAGAUGCCAGACUCGUGUUUCUGCCAAGUCACCUACACCCAGGAUGAUCAAAUUUACGAUCCCAUUGAAGAAAGAAAACGUAUAGUUAGUACUAAAGAGCGCAGAAUCCGAGACGAGAGAAACCGACGUAACUAUGUUGUCUGCUACUUAAAUAGUAGUAGGUUUAGAAGGCGCUUUUACAACGUCUUCAUCGAAAGCCUUGCUCUGCCACUCGAACUGACAGAUGCCAUCAAGUAUCGUCCACCCUACUACUUUGGAUCAGUCAUAUACUGUGAUCAGGUCGAGGUCAGCACGGUUGCUAAAUGCAACAUUAGCGAAUCGUACGAAAUUAUACCCUGUGUCUGGACUCAGUGGCCUGAAAGUGCGACCGAAUGGCUCGACAGACCAAGAAACUCUUGGCCCAGUUAUGAAACAAUUAAAAAUUGCAGAAAGUUUGGCUGCUACAUAAUUCCACAGGAAUUCGGGUCCAAGGAAGACAAUUCAAAAUACAAGAUUGAAUGGCAACUUUCUUUUCCAGCUGCUGAGAGGUAUUUGGAGACAUGUAUGAGUCAUGCGCAGAUGCGAGUCUACAUUAUUGUUUUAAUGCUGCACAAGACAUUCAUCAGGGCUGUUGAAUCGGCACCUGAUCGUCUCAAUACUCAUCAGAUUAGGAACCAACUCUUUUGGCUAAUCGAGAACACAUCAAGUGAAUGGCCAGAGCAUAGGACAGGCGAUUACUUGUUGAAGCUGCUAAACUGCUUGUGCAACUGCAUCAACCAAACGGAGGCUUUCCUGAAGGACUACUUCCUGCGAGAGAAGAACCUCUUUCAAAACUCUGAAAAGGGAUCUCUCUUCUUCUCGCUUAAGCAGCUUAAGCGGAUUCUCGGAAACCCAGUGAUGUAUGUUCUCCACGCAAUGGAAAAUAUUAGAUACAAGACCAAUUUCUUUCCGAAAUUGAAUUACGAAGAGCUCUUGAGGAUACUAACCGCGGACGAACUUUUGUUGAUAAAUCCAAACCUAGAGAAGAAUGUCAACAAUGCGGGGCUGAUGGAAGAUAUGGGAGAUGAUAAUAUUUACAACGAUCGACGUGGAGGAUUCUGGAAUGAUGCUAAAAAGAAGAAGGAACAGUUUGCGACCUAUGGCAAGAAACCCGUGACCAAUAGGACAUUGAUCAAUCCCAGCAGAGCGCACGAUACAGUUGUGGAUAUUGCGAUCCGCUGUGGUGAGUUGAAAGGUAUCAGACUGAGCAAACUGCUCAACUUCUUUAUCGAACACCUCAUCGAAAUGGCAAAAAACUAUCAUGCAUUCGGAGCCCUACAGCAAAAAAUGGACUACCUUCAUCACGCCAUGAAUUUGUGCAUCCUGCUUGCAGAUGAUGAAAUCUUCCAAGACGAAGCUCGUACCCACAUUCAAGUAAUCUGUGCUCUGAAGGAUCUAGUCAUCCAAUCUCGUUGUCAAGAUGAUCCACCCGAGACACCCAGGAGAAAUCCUGAAGCUCCUAGCUUUUCUUCACCUUCAUCUGCAAUUCCGUCCCCGAGUGUUGAUACUUCUACUUCCCAAGAAACCUUUGAGGGUAAAAAAGUGUCCGACUCAUCGAUCUUUUCUCGAACUUUGAAAGAUCGCUACUCCUCGAUAUCAAAUCGAUCAUCGAUACCCUGGCCUGACUCGAGCGCAUCCAGUUCACUGAACAAUUCGCCUCAGAUGAAAAAGAAAUCUGAUCCGCCAGUCUUUGUGAGUUCUUUGAAAGAUCGCUAUCCGAUCGUGAAUUCGGAAAGAUCAUCGCUUUCAGUUCCGAUUGUGGAGGAAAGGAAAGAAAUCAGCACGAGAGAAAUUAGUCUAAAUGAAACGAAGAGAGUGAGCGAAGAGGACAAAAUUGAGGAAUCAAAAGAUAAAGUCGUGUCUUUUACAGAUGAAGACGCAGAAUCGAUACAUGACACGUACAUUUAGUUUCACAACUUGAGAAUGAUUAUUAAAAAGUUAAAACUAGAUUUCAAACCUGGACUUUCCUAAAAAUUAUAAUUACUUCAACGAUUCAGUUUUUUUUCUGAGUAUCCAAUUUAUCAGUUAUGCGAUGAGUGGAGAAAUCGGCAGCAGGACUGCUCAUGGAUUUGAAAAGAUAUACGUGUUUUUUAAAUGUGAGAAUGUGCUGUGUGCAUUUAUAAAAUUUCAAUCUUCAUUUUUACGCUGUUUUUUGUUUGAAACAGCUUUGUUCGACCUAUGUUAUGGAAUUAGAUUAAUGUGGUAAACGAUUAAUAAAAUCGGAUAGAACGAUCUCUAAAUUAAUGGAGGGGAAAUAAAUAUUUCCUUUUUCAUAAAAGAAUUGCUGUUUUUUUUCAUAAAUCUAACUUUAUUUUGGAAUCUCGAUCUUUUUAAAUUGUACCAAAAUCCAUUUUUUUUGCAAACUUUUGAAUCUAUAUCCGAUCUUAUUUUGACUUAUUUGCCAGGCUUGAAUCCGUGUGACUUUUCUUGUGAUACACUUUGAACCUCAAAUUAUUCUC